UUCAGCAAUCCCACCUCUCGCCUCGCCUUCUCCCCUUCCCAACCGCAAAAACCAAACCCAGCCGCAGAGCCGUCCCCUCCGUCCACGCUUCCGCCGCCGCCCCUAACCCUACACCUCCAUCCAAUCUUCCCCGCCCCGCCGCGCUCGAUUCGCAUCGAUCCGGCGGGUUCCUGCCUUCCCGGCGCGAAUCUCGCGGCGCAGCCCGGCCAUGGAGUUGUUGGCGUCUCUGGCCGCCGAGGAGCGGUGGCUGUACCCGGCGUUCCUCGUUAUGUACGCCGCCAUCUACUGCGUCGGCCAGCUCUUCGUGUUCCGGCGGUGGGCGCCGCGGCAGCGUCUGGACGGCUCCAGCUGCCUCAUCUCACUCUUCCACGGGACCCCCGCCGCGCUCGCCGCGGCGGGAGCCAUCCUCGCGCUGCCCGCGGGGUUCCGCUCCUUCGCCGCGCCCAACGCGCGCCUCCAGGACUACGUCCUCGACUACAGCAUCGCCUACUUCACCAUGGACCUGCUCCACUAUCUCGCCUUCCUGCCCGGAGACGUCCUCUUCAUCGCGCACCACCUCGCCACGCUCUUCGUCUUCCUCACCUGCCGCUACAUGGUUCGCCACGGCGCGUACGCUCUGCUCGUCCUCCUCGUCCUUGCCGAGGUCACCAGCCUGCUGCAGAACGUCUGGACGCUCGCCGGGAUCUGGCGGGACCAGUCCCCCGCUGCCGCGCGUGUCUACGGCGCCCUCUCUCCGCCCUUCUACGUGCUCUACACGCUCGUCAGGGGCGUCGCCGGCCCUCUCUUCCUUCUCAAGAUGACCGUCUUCUACCUGUCGGGCCAAGCUGUCGACGUCAUCCCGUGGUGGGUGCGGAUCUCUUGGAUUGUUGUUGUCGGCACAGCCAUUGCUGUCAGCAACCUGUGGAUUUGGAACCUCUGGAAGGAGCUCUUCAGGGAACGGAACCAAGCUACAGCAAAAUCAAUGAAAGACACGUAGGCCACCUCACUCUAGCCAUGAACUGGUGUACCAACCAUGUAGCAGCAGAAUCUUUCCAAACUUCUCCAUGAAUCGGCAUGGAUGUUGAGGACCAUGAUUUUGGUGAUAUGGUGGUAGAUGUUGAUCUCAGAUGAUAUUGGUGGGGAAUGCUUAUCUGUAAGAUUCAUCUCUUCAUUCCUUCAUUGAAAGAUAUCAGAUCAGGUAGCUAGUUUAGUGUGCAUUGUGUGGAAAAAUUAUUUGAAUUGUGUGAUCUCUCUCUUGUGCGUGAUCAAAUUGUAAAUGUACUGCUCAAUAAACAAUGACAGGGUACGCUGUUGUUUGUUGCCA